AUGAGCUUGAAAGGGAAUUGUAUAAGGCACUCAGAAAGCUUGGAGUUUAUACUACCAUCGCUCAUAACCGAAACUAUUCCAAGUCAUAGUUUCAGUCUAAAUUUGAGUUGAAUUCUUGACACUCUAGCUAGAAAUUAUCCUUUCGUAAUAGAGGUAGGUUCCAAAUCGAGGAUCUAGGAUUAAGGUUCAUUCCUUGCUUACAGAUAUUUAAAGUCCCCAGUCGAUAGAAGAUAUUAAUUGUGAUAUUUGGAGAUACCAAAAGGAGCUUAGGCAGAAGUAAAGAGUGGACAAAUAGAUUUGUAAGAGUCCCAAAUACUCCAAGUACGAAUUCAUAUUCCAAAUUCACAACAUCCAACAGCAUAAACUGUAAACCUAAGGCCAGUCCUAAGAUCAGCCUUAACACAAGUUGAGAUCCCAAAAUCCUAAAGUAUAUCCCAAUCACACAACGGAU